CGAAAACCUCAACUGAAUCCGACUUUCAUCCGCGUCGGGAAGAUCCACGUGCCGAUGUAUGUAGAAAGUGGCGGAGAGCGCGGUGAAACCGCCGCAUUUUAAUCCAUUCAUCGCGUGCGAAUCGAUCUCGACUGGUUCUGUUUUGCUGCUGGUUCCUAGCUUGUGCUGACUCUAAUAUUUUGCUUGUUUGUUGUUGCUACGUGGUCUUGUUUUGUAAACCAUGCUGUGGUCGCGAUGAAAAAGACGAAAUGCCGUCGUCUCCGCCCGUGCAGAAGCUAUUUUACAGACCGGGCACGAUCGAGGAGCAAGAGGAAGAUCUCACGAUCUACGACGAGGGUAGAUACCACAUAAAUGAGUCACCUCUUCUCAAUCGCAAUGGACAGCGGCUGCUUAACACGCCGACCACCACAAGCCUUGCGCGCAUCUCCACGUGCAACAGCUCCAUGUCGCACGUGCCGGGGGCUCUUCGACACGACAGCUCCAGGAAGUCAUUUCGACCUAAUGCGACGAGAAAAAUGAGAAGAAGAGCUGUGUUUAAAAAUGGUGAUUGCAAUAUACUCCAAUCACGAAUAUCGAGACGUCGACUUAGAUUCCUACAGGACAUUUUCACCACUCUCGUUGACUCCCAAUGGAGAUGGACGUUAACGAUCUUUGCCAUAGGUUUCUUAGGCUCUUGGCUAAUCUUCGCCUUGAUUUGGUGGUUAAUUGCCUUCACGCACGGUGACUUGGAACCUGAUCAUCUCCCACCAGAUCCAGAAAAUUGGACCCCAUGUGUUCUGAACAUUCACGGUUUUACUUCGUGUUUUCUGUUCAGUAUCGAGACUCAGCACACUAUCGGUUACGGUGUGAGGACUACCACUGAGGAAUGUCCCGAAGCUAUUUUCAUAAUGUGCCUUCAAAGUAUUGCAGGUAUGAUGAUUCAAGCCUUUAUGGUGGGAAUUGUUUUUGCAAAAAUGACCAGACCAAAGUUGCGUACCCAAACAUUGCUAUUUUCGAGAAAUGCCGUGAUUUGCCAAAGGGACGGUCACUUAUGCUUGAUGUUCCGAGUUGGAGACAUGAGAAAAAGUCAUAUAAUAGGGGCAAGUAUAAGAGCCCAGUUGAUAAGAGCUAAGAAAACCAAAGAAGGCGAGAUGCUGAACAACUUCACAACCGAACUGGUGGUUAAUGCUGAUGGUGGCGACAGCAAUCUGUUCUUCAUCUGGCCGAUGACGAUUGUGCACAAAAUUGACGAUGAAUCACCUUUUUAUCAUUUAUCCGCAAGCGAUAUGUUACAGGAACGGUUUGAAAUCGUCGUGAUUUUGGAAGGAACGAUCGAAAGUACCGGUCAAACUACUCAAGCUAGAUCCAGUUAUUUAGCCAGCGAAAUUCUUUGGGGACAUAGAUUUGAGCCUCUGGUUUGUUACAACAAAGAUAGGCAGGGCUACGAAGUAAACUAUUCGAAGUUCGACAACACUAUGUCCGUAGAUACUCCAUUGUGCUCUGGUGCGGAGUUGCACGACUUUUACAUGGCUCAAAAUAUGUCGGACACACCUGAUUUAACACCUCCGAAACCCAUGGAAGAUGCACCUUCAUGAGUAGAAAUCAUCAAUCAUACUAACCAAAAGUAUUACUAUAGUUAAUUUAUGUAGAACGAUGCUUGUUUAUUUAUUUUUGUGACUGUAUUUAGUGAGACUUUAACUUUUGUAAGGUUUAUCGACUUCAACCAGCUGUUGUUGUAAAAGUGAAUUUUUCAGAGAGCGAACACCAACAAUACAGAUUGUUGGAUCCUCCGACUAGAAGUCCAUUGCCACGUCAAAUGAUAUCGGUCAAUUCCAAUCAGAAUUUCACCCAAAUCAACGAGGAAAACGAAGAUGACGAAACUAGACCAUUUCCAGUC